AUGGGGGCAGCAGCGGGCGGCCGUGCAGAGGGGGAAGGGGAGGCCGCACAGAAGGCAGAUGGAUGGGAAGCAAGCAACUGGGUAGGUGAGGGCGAGGGAGGAGAAAGGGAGGAGAGAAGCGGCAAGGGAAGGGGCAAGGAGGAGAGGAUUGGGGAGGAGAGGUGGAGGGAGCGGAGGAGUAUGGAGGGGAGGAGAAGGGAGGGGAAGAGAAGGGAGGAGAGGAGCAAGGAGGGAAAAAGCAGGGCUGGGAGGAGAAGAGAGGGCAAGAAGGCAGCUCGUGAUGCUGUGAGUGACGCUGUGAGUGACGCUGUGAGUGGUGCUGUGAGUGAUGCUGUGAGUGAUGCUGUGAGUGAUGCUGUGAGUGAUGCUGUGAGUGAUGCUGUGAGUGAUGCUGUGAGUGACGCUGUGAGUGAUGUUGUGAGUGGUGCUGUGAGUGGUGCUGUGAGUGGUGCUGUGAGUGGUGCUGUGAGUGAUGCUGUGAGUGAUGUUGUGAGUGAUGCUGUGAGUGAUGCUGUGAGUGAUGUUGUGAGUGAUGCUGUGAGUGAUGCUGUGAGUGAUGCUGUGAGUGAUACUGUGAGUGAUGCUGUGAGUGAUGCUGUGAGUGAUGCUUUGAGUGAUGCUGUGAGUGAUGCUGUGAGUGAUGCUAUGAGUGAUGCUGUGAGUGAUGCUGUGAGUGAUGUUGUGAGUGAUGCUGUGAGUGAUGCUUACCCUCUCCGUUCCCUCCUUCCUCGUCCACAUGCGUCCCCCACCGCUCUCAUGGGUGCAGGGGAGGAGUUCUUUCCUUUCCCCUCCAUAGAUUGCGAUGAUGCACCGUGUGCUGGCAAGGGCUGA